AUGCUGCUGAAUGAGAGAAAUCAGGGAACAACUCUGUUACGUUGCAGAAAAUGGCCUGCCAAGGAGAUUGCGGACGGCGUAUACGAACACGCAGCUGCUCGAGCUAGAAAAAGAAUUCCACUUCAACAAGUACCUGUGCAGACCGCGAAGAAUCGAGAUCGCUGCGUCGUUGGACCUAACGGAAAGGCAGCGUACAGGCAAACACGUUUCUCGUUUCGCUGGUUUCAGGUGAAAGUCUGGUUUCAAAAUCGAAGGAUGAAACACAAGCGUCAAACAUUGAGCAAAGAGGACGCCGACGAGAAGGACGGCUCGACGUCCGACGGGAUGGAGAAAUCUAAAGGCGAGAAGAUGCUGGCGAUUGACAGCGACGAGAAGAAGAGCUGCCACAACUGUGAUAUAUCUAGCGUGAACGACGUAGGCAGCACCCUCUCCGGUGACGUGACAGAAUUAAGCUCGUCUGGUCGUCGGAGCAGCAAUAACAACAACAAUACACCGACAGCGACGAACAACAACAACAACAACAGCAAUCCGGCUUUCAACGCGAACAGCAACGGGGCAAGCAGCGUCGGCAGUACGAACAGCGUGUCCAGUUCGUUCGAGAAGAUGAUAGCGGACGAUGACUCGAGAUCUCAAGACGGUAGCGAGGUAACAUCCCCGAGCGUGGCUGGCAAGAAAUUGUCGAGUGACGUCCGGGUAAAAGUGGAGAGCGGGCACAAGAGUCCGAACCCGGGGAAGCAGCAAAUUUCCGUCAGCAAGAAGUCCCCGUCGGCGAGUACCAAGGAACUCUGCUCGGUGAACAGCAACGGUGUCUUGCUGGCUAUGCCUGAUUCCACCGUGAGCACGCCCGUUCUGCCCGGUCAGAAUUCCACGAGAAGUCUCACGCCGUCGUCGACGCCCGGCACUCCGGUGUCCGUUCAAUUGCAACAGGGAAGUCCCUUGGGGAUCCAAGCCACGCACGCAGCCUACAUGCAAAGGCCAAGAAGUUCUCCGUCGUCCACCAGCUCCGUGGCUGCUCCCAUGAUGCACGGUUCGACAAACGCAGGCACGAUGUCCCCUCACGGCGGCAGGAACAUCAGCAACAAUCAGCAAACGCACUUCCAACAGCAGAGCGUCUACCAGUCAACGUCCGCCAUCGACUACAGAAACGGAGUGCCCAACAGACAGGCUGUCCCAGCAGCCUCGCAGCAAACGCAGUCUCAAGGCAACUAUUGCUCCAGGGAUACCUAUCAACAACCUCGAAUCUCCUACCCAGGCGAUGUUCACCCUCUGUACGCCAGGCAGAACCAAGUGUUAGGAUCCCGAGUAGGCCACCACGUUCGUGCGGCAACAGGCGGUGCCUCCAGGACGAUGUACAACUCCAGCAUGCAGUUCCAUCAGCAACAAAACCAAUACGCCAACACCGGAGGGGAGUACAACGGCUAUCCUCAAGCAGGACCCUAUCACGCGUCUUACCACCGAACAAUACAAGGCGGCAGCGGCUACAACACCAGUCAAGGUUACUCCGCUCAACACGACCAAACAACCGAGAACUACAUGACACCUACAGGCAACUAUGGCUACCCUAGCGGUGGCAACUAUCACGCCACUAGCGAGAAUCUGGCUUCCGGUGACUAUCGAGCAGGCGCCAAGUGUCACCCGAACGCCUACUACGACCAGCAGACCAGUCAACUGCACGUCCACCAAGGCGGCGAGGCGUCCAGCAUUCCCAACAGCUACGUCUCCUCGCCAGAUCCGUUCCCGGCGCCGGGGAUGACCACCACGGCGACCGCGAUCGCGGCAGCCACCGCCGCCGUCAUCACGCCACCAGGAAGCGCCGCCCAGGCGGAAGGCAACGCCGACUCCUACAACUACGGCAACUUCUACGCGGAACCGGUGCACACCACCGCUCCUCCACCCUCCGCGGACAACAGCAACAGCUCGUCGGACUUCAACUUCCUGACGAACCUGGCCAACGACUUCGCGCCGGAAUACUAUCAGCUCAGCUGA